CUAUCCGGGUACAGUGUAGUGUUGCACACACUGUUUUGUUUACAAGACGAGCACUGCUAGCUCAGCUAGCCACAAACGAAAGCAUCUUUUAAGCUAACUGCUGUUGAGCUGAAACUAAAACAACAUGAAACCUGCGGUGGAUGAGAUGUUUCCUGAAGGAGCUGGUCCCUAUGUGGAUCUGGACGAGGCAGGAGGCAGCAGCGGCCUGUUAAUGGACCUGGCAGCAAAUGAAAAAGCAGUGCACUCUGAUUUCUUUAACGAUUUCGAGGAUCUGUUUGAUGACGACGACCUGCAGUGACGACAACAACAGCGAAACACCUGUGAACGUUUCUGUGAACAUGUACAUAUAAAAAUUGGCACUGUAUUCUGAC